AUGAAUAAAAAUAAUAAAAAUAACAAUAAAAAUAAUAAAAAUGAAGAAAUUGAGGAUAAAAAUUUGGAUAAUGAAAUAUUAUUAGAAUUAAUAGAAAAUAAAUCAAUUGAUGAUGAAAUUUUAUAUUUUAAAUCUAAUAUACAAAUUAUUGAAUCUAAUACAAAUAAACAAUUUGAUGAACAAGAAGAACAAAUUGAGGAACAAAUUGAGGAACAAAUUGAGGAACAAAUUGAGGAACAAAUUGAUAAUUUAGAAGAAAAUGAUAUAGAAAUGGAUGUUGAUAUGGAAGUAGAAAUGGAAGAUGUGGAUGUUGAUUUGGAUGUUGAUAAAAUAUGUUGGAGUAAUAAAAUUGAGUAUGAACCUUGUUGUAUAUCUGUACAUCCAAAAUUUCCAAAUAUUCCACAAGUUGCUAUUGGUACUUGUGGUGAUAAUUGUCAUAUUUAUGAUUUUAAUAAUAAUACUACAAUAGUACCACGAGCCCCGAAGGGGCUUAGCUAUCCUAGGAUUAGUUAUCUACAGUGCAGCAAUUUUAGUACUAGUAUUUUCCUCCGUAACGGAGCUUGGUCUAGUACUACUAUCCUUAGUACCAGUAGCUCCCUUAGGAAUAAUAUUAAUAAUGGAUUGAAAUAUAUAUUGGGACCAUUUGAAGAAACUGUUUCAUGUUGUUCUUUUUCAUCUUGUGGUAAUUUUUUAGCAUUAGGUUGUCUUAAUUCUACUUUAUUAUUAUAUUCCGUUACGGUGACUGGUCCCACUAGUACUAAAGGUGCUGGUAAUGAAGAUACUACUACUAAUACUAAUACUAUGAACACUACUAAUACUAAGGAUAUUAAGGAUAUUACUAUGGAUACUAUUGGAAAGGGAGCUAAUGACACUUUUGAUACUCCGGGAAAGGGAGCUAAUUCUAUGGUUACAGAGUGUACUAUGGGUAAUAUGGAUACUAAGGGAGAGGGAGUUAAUACUAAGGUAGACCCUUACGGUGCUGUUGGAGAGGAUACUAAUACUAAGGAUACUACUGGUACUAAGGAAACUAUUAGUGAGGAUGUUGGUGGCCGUGGACCUCGCACCGUAAUGGAGGAAUAUAAAUUAAUAAAGAAAUUUGAUACAAUGUUAUUAACAAUAGAAUGGUUAAAUAUUAAUAAUAAAAUAUUAUGUUGUAGUGGUGAAGGUGGUUUAUUAUUUAUAUAUAAUUUCUUAUAUAAUAAUAUACAAUUUAUUAAUAUUUUUCAUAAUUCUAUUAUUGGUUUUGUUUUUUCUCCCAUUACGGUGUCUCCCGUUACGGUGCUUGGUCAAGCUGCUACCACUUCCACUACCAAUACCUCUAAUACCCAUACCAAUACUACUCUGGGUACCAUUGGACCAAGCUCCGUUACGGAGGAAAAUUCUAAUACCAGAUUUGCUGCUCCGGGAAAGGGAGCUAAUUCUACAGCCAUGGAAUGUACUAUGGGAAAGGGAGCUAAUUUUACAGCCAUGGAGUGUACUAGUGAGGAAACCCCUUUCGGGGUUGGUAGUGAGGAAGUUGGUUGCCAUGGUACUGACCCCGUAACGGGGGAAGAAAUAUAUAUAAUAUUAAAUAGUAAUAAUAAAUUAUUAAUUAUUAAUUAUAAUAUUAUUACUAAUAAUAAUAAUAUUAUAACCAUCAACAAUAAUAAAUUGGAUGAGAAUAUGAAGGAGAAAAUGGAAAAUAAUAUGGAAGGUAGUGAGGAAACUGGUGGCCAUGAUACUGACACCGUAAUGGAAGAAAUAAUAACAAUAGAAAUGAAUAUAUAUAAUAAAAUAUGUAUAUAUGGUACAAUGAAUGGUAUAAUAAGAUUUAUAAAUAUGAAAGGUAUAAUAUUAUCAAGUAAUAAUAUACAUAAAGAUUCAAUAGAAAGUAUAAUAUAUAAUAAAAAUACUAAUAUAUAUAUAUCUGGUGAUUUAAAAGGAUUAAUAUUAUUUUAUAAUAAUAAUUUUAAUAUAAUAAAUAAAAUUGAUAUAAAAAUUGGAAUCACAAAGAUGAUAGAAUUGAAUAAUUAUUAUAUAAUUUCAACAAUUGAUGGAUAUAUUUUUCUUAUUAAAUUUAAUCAAAUUAUUAAUAAAUAUAAAUUACAUACCAAACCAAUUAUUAAUUUACAAUUAUUAAAUCAAUAUAUUAUUACUAUAUCACAAGAUAAUACUAUUAAAAUGUAA